GGGAACACGCCGCGUUAAACGGACCACACAAUGUCAUGUACAGCGUUCAUGUUUUAUACCAUGCUCGCAGUGGUUAAGAGCAAAUUUAGGCGCUUGCCAUGUGCUAGCGAGAGCAUCAUCGUCGUCGUCAUCAUCACCAAACUACGCUGAUAACAUUUCUCUUUCGCAAUCGCUCUCGAAUGGAAUAUGCCAAGAAGAUGCGUCCUUCUCCGAGGAAGGUUCUCUGUGUUGUGAUGUAUUUUGCAUCGGCUGCCUUCAUCUGUUUCAUCACGCGAGGAAUUUAUCUCCGUUUUGACUACAAGAGGGUCAUCUUCCCCGCGGCAGAGCCCCUGGUCUGUAAUCGUAACAGGUCUGUCCAUCGAAGACCGCCAGGAACAGAGAGCAAAACAGAAAUAUCAGAUGUUUUUAUUGGAGUGAAAACAACUCGGAAAUAUCACAGCAGUAGACUGCAACUCAUCUUAGAUACAUGGUAUUCAUUGGCUCCCGAAGAGAUCUAUUUUUUCACUGAUGUAGAUGAUUCAAGCUUACAAGAAAAAACAAAUGGUCAUAUAGUCAACACUGGGUGCGGACAAGGAUAUGCAAUGCCGAUCCUAUGCUGUAAAUUGUCAAUUAUAAUCAGUAUGUUCCAUGAGACCGGUAAAAGGUGGUUAUGCCACGUCGAUGACGACAACUAUUUGAAUGUACCGAAUUUGGUAAACUUACUCAGGCAGUAUGAUCAUAAUCAAGAUCAUUACAUCGGCCGAGAAAGCCUCCCUAAACCUAAGGUGGUCGUCGAUUCGGCGAUACGGAAGGAAGUACAAUUUUGGUUUGCAACUGGCGGCGCAGGGGUUUGUUAUAGCAGGGCGUUGAUUUCUAAGAUGAUGAUAUAUGCAAGUAAAGAAAACUUUCAGAAAACAUGCGCCAGAAUAGGUCAACCCGAUGACGUCACAAUUGGCUUCAUUGUAGAAUCCUUAUUGAACAGGACACUAACCAAAGUGUGUACCCUCAAUUCUCACUUACAAACGAUGGCUGAUAUUCCCGUGGGAGAACAGAAAAAACAGGUUACCUUCGGUUACGAUCUUAAGGACCUGAGACUUAAGGGCGUCAAUGUGAUCAAUAUGACAGCUGUGGUAAAUGAUGACCCUACCAGACUCAAAUCAUUCCAUUGUACCUUCUUCCGUGGAUACGGAAACUGCCCAGAAAUCAUUCCUGAACCUCCACCAGCCAACUAAUGCUAUGGUCACAAGUACCUUUACGAACACCGUUUACCAACGAUUUCAAACCACUUACUGUAUUAUAGAAGUCGUAUACGCGCGGUGUUCGUUAAAGGUCGAGUCAACCCCAGCAAAAUGUUGAUUUGAAUAAAUAGAGAAAAAUCAAACUAGCAUAACACUGAAAAUUUCAUCAA